CCAGCUCUCUGCUCUCUCCGCACUGCGCCAGCCCUCCGCCUGGCGCCACGCCGGCCACAGGCCGAGGGCUAAUCACCCGCGGGCCGACGCCCCCGCAGCCUCGUCGCUGCGCCACCCCGCCCUGCCGCGGGACGGGUAACUGUUACGAAGCACUUUCUCCGCCGCGAUUUCUGCUUAGUCAUUGUCUUCCAGGAAACGACUCUUCAGUUGGGAGUCAACUCUCCCGCGGUGGCUGCAGUAGCAGGAGCCGCAGCCACCAGCGCGUCCUUCCCGGGCCGCCGCUCCGCCGCCGCCCUGCCGCCUCCCGGCCUCCCUCGGGCCCGAGCGCAGGCCGGGGUCCCGCCGCGCGGGGCGAGCAGCCUCGCGCUCUGCUCUCCGGCCUCGGGCGCCGCGUCCUACGGGGCGCCUCCUUCCCCGCCUGCUGCCCCGUCGCCGCCGGGCCAGGUCCGUCGGCUGCUGCCAUGGGCACCGACAGCCGCGCGGCCGGGGCGCUCCUGGCGCGGGCCAGCACCCUGCACCUGCAGACGGGGAACCUGCUGAACUGGGGCCGCCUGCGGAAGAAGUGCCCGUCCACGCACAGCGAGGAGCUUCGAGAUUGUAUCCGGAAGACCUUGAAUGAGUGGAGUUCCCAAAUUAGCACAGAUUUGGUCAGGGAGUUUCCAGAUGUCUUGGAAUGUACUGUAUCUCAUGCAGUAGAAAAGAUAAAUCCCGAUGAAAGAGAAGAAAUGAAAGUUUCUGCAAAACUGUUCAUUGUAGGAUCAAACUCUUCAUCAUCAGCUAGAAAUGCAGUUGACAUGGCCUGUUCAGUCCUUGGAGUUGCACAGCUGGAUUCUGUGAUCAUUGCUUCACCUCCUAUUGAAGAUGGAGUUAAUCUUUCCUUGGAGCAUUUGCAGCCUUACUGGGAAGAAUUACAAAACUUAGUCCACAGCAAAAAGAUCGUUGCUAUAGGUACCUCUGAUCUGGACAAAACCCAGUUGGAACAGCUGUAUCAGUGGGCACAGGUAAAACCAAAUAGUAACCAAGUUAAUCUUGCCUCCUGCUGUGUGAUGCCACCCGAUUUGACUGCAUUUGCUAAACAAUUUGACAUACAGCUCUUGACUCAUAAUGAUCCAAAAGGAAGUGGAGGAGGAGUUUUGAUAUUCUUUCUCAAAUGCUAGGCAUCAUGCUAAAUGUCUCAGAGAGAUUAUCUGGAAUCCUUACAGCAACUGAAACUAGACACUUUAUGGAUGAAGAAAUAGAGCCUUAGAGUUUAAGAAACUACCCCAGGUCACCCAGCUGGCAUAGGGCAAAGUUUGAACUUAGAUCUAGGUCCUGGCUGAAUUUGGAGCCUUUUCCCCACCAUACUGUACUGUCUCUGACUUGAAACAUUAGUAUUGUAGUAUUUCAGACUGAAACUGUACUUUCUUAUCAGUUUCCAUUUAAGUCGUACCAGAAUAGGACAUAGGGACUUUUCCCCUCCAGCGGAGCUUUCACACAUGAGUAAUUAGAUUCACUUUUUUAAAAAAGGUCAUUUUAGUGAAAAUCAAAGAAUUGCUGUGCUGAUUUGUUCUAAAAUAUAAACCAUUGAAAUUUUAACUUUCUAUACGUUGGCAAAUAAUAUAUCAUUUUUCUGUUUACUCGUGGGGACUCUUCCAACUGUAAUUGUUACCAACAACUGAUGGGUGGUCCUGUACCCCCUUCCACCUCCACCUGAAAAACACUAUCCUUUUUCCAGUAGGAAAGGAAAUAGGAAAAGACUAAGGUGUCUAGUAUUUUAUUUCCACGUUAUCUAAAUGUGGGCAUGUGGAUUAUGUGCUAAUACAUCAUUGUUAUGGAAAAGUAUAUUGCACAUGUAUAUGAAAAGAGAGAUUUAAUACUUUGGGGGGAAGAAUGUUUUUGUUUUACUGGUGUAAUUUGACAUUUGGCUGUCUUUUUAAUUUUAAUUCUAAACGCUUUAAUUAGAAUUUAUAGUUUGAUCCUGCAUAUACUAUAGAUGGAUCUUCAGACAAUUUGAUCUGUAAUGAAGCAAUUCUGUUAAAAGUUUUGUCGUGUUUACUGAUUCUAAAGAGUUAACAUAGUUGAAUUAAAAGUAUGUAGCUGGGGCUUCCCUGGUGGCGCAGUGGUUGAGAGUCCGCCUGCCGAUGCAGGGGACGCGGGUUCGUGCCCCGGUCCGGGAAGAUCCCACAUGCCGCGGAGCGGCUGGGCCCGUGAGCCAUGGCCGCUGAGCCUGCUCGUCUGGAGCCUGUGCUCCGCAACGGGAGAGGCCACAACGGUGAGAGGCCUGCGUAUCACGGAAAAAAAAAAAAAAAAGUAUGUAGCUAAUGAAUAGCAUAGUUCUCUGACUUUGUGUCAGAUUUAUUUUUUAAGCAAUCAAGUUGUAAAACAUUUAACUCUGCUUGUCAUCUAAAAUAGAAUCUUGUUUAUAAGUCACCUAAAGGCCUUCCUCUGUUCUAAAAUUACCCUUUUUCUUCAGAAAGGUUUAUUUUCCAUUAUUCUUUGUCCUAGAAGUUGUGGUAAUAGUUUAACUACGGUCAGGGUAAAAUUGUGAAGUAGGUGAUUCUGACUUUGGAACUUUCCCAUUUUUAUUUGCCUUCCUCCUCUCACCAUUCCCAUUAAAUCUAAUCUAUAUUAUGCCGCAUUCCCUCAGGGUUAGACAGUCUGGUAAACAAAUCCACGUUAAUGCUACUUUUCCAAGAGCUAUUUGCAUUUCAUUUAUUAAAACUACCAUUUACUAGCUGUGUGACCUUGGGCAAGUUAUCUAAUCUCUCUGUGUCAGUUUCCCCCUGUGAAGGGAAAUAAUAUUACCUGUCUCUUGGGUUAAUAUGUGGAUUAAAAGAGUUAAUAAAGUACUCUGAAAAGUGACUGGCACAUGACAAUAGCUAAUAUUUACUGAGAGUUUACUAUUGAUGUUAUUCAAAUAUCACGGCAGUUCAUUUUAGGGCAUGUUCUUCGGCAUUCCCAAAUCAUAUUGUAUAGAUGGUCACCUAAUCCUUAUCUAUAGGGUUGGUUCAGACCCCAGUGGAAUCUUUCCAUAUUGACUGAUUCAUUCAAAAGACAUUUGAGCACCUACUAUGUGCCAGGCAUUGUUCUAAGUACUAGAAAUACAGCACCAAGUCAAAAAUCUCAACCCUCAUGGAAAUUAUAUUCUGAUGGGAUGAGACACAAAUUAAGAUAAAUGUUGAAUGUGAUAAAUGGUGGUGUAUGCUAUGGGGAAAAGUUGGCUGAGGGAGGAAAGAGUGCCCAGGUUAGGGGUUGUUGUUUUAUAUAGGAUGGUUGGGGAGGCCUCUCUGCUAGGGUACAUUAAUCAGAGACCUGCAAGAAGGGAGAGAGCCAUGUGGGUAUCUGGAAGAAGAGUGCUCAGGGAAGAGGGAGCAGCUGAUUCAAAGGCUCCAAGGUGGGAAUAUGUUUGAGGAUUUCAGGAUACAGCUGUGAGGCCAGUGUGGCUGGAGAAGAGCAAGUGAGGAGGGGAGUGGCAGGUCAGAGCAAUGGUAGAGGGUUUAGAUAUAAAUGUGGAAUUAGAAAAUAAUAAUUUCAUCAAGGAGAUGCUGAUUAAAAGAUAACCACUGGGAAAGAUGUUUUAAAUGAUUGCUGGUGCCAGUGAGGAUAUGGUAAGAUUGGCAUUCCAAUAUUAUCUAUUAAGUGUAAAGUACAGUCUUUCUGGAAAGCAGCUGGCAAUAUACUAUGUAUCAAGCCUUCAGAAAAUGUACUUUGACCUUGUCGUUCCAUAGCCAGGCAUGCAUUUUAAGGAUGUUCAUUAAGUAUUAUUUUUAUUAGCAAAAUACUAGGAAAAACCUAAUUUUUUGACUAACAAUAAGAAAGUGUAUAAAUUAUAUCUAUAAAAUGUAAUAUUGGGAGAAUUAUUAAAAAUGUUUUCACAGAAUAUUUAAUUACAUG